AUGAAACAACGGGGAGAGGCAGCAGAACUCACGCGCAUGCGCAUUUCUCUGCGUAUUCUAGCUAGCUGCUGCCUGCCGGGUCCGGCGUGUGUUGGUUGCUGUGAGGUGCCGGCUACAUUUCGAAUGGCCAAACCUUUCUUUAUUCUGGCAGGGUCACUACUGGCAGUCAGCCAUGCCUUGAAACUGGAGCUAGCAUCCGUGUUGUUCCGUCACGGAGAUCGCUCCCCGACCCAAACCUUCCCCAAGGACCGAUACCAAGAGUCAUACUGGCCCCAAGGCUUCGGUCAGCUAUCCACAGAAGGGAUGAGGCAGGAAUAUUUUCUUGGUGAAGUUCUAAGAAACCGUUAUGUGGAAGAGUUGGAACUUAUUCACCCGAACUAUACAAGAGUACAGGUGUAUGUCCGCAGUACAGACUAUGACCGCACACUGAUGUCUGCUGAAUCCGUCCUGGCUGCACUAUUUCCACCCAAGGGGGAUCAGAUGUUGCACGCCUACUCAAACUGCCCGGCCUAUGAGAAACUUCUCCAAGAAGACAAGGAGUCACAGAGCUACCGUGACUUGAACGAGGAAAAUGAAGAGAUUUAUAAGUUGAAUCUGUCAUCGUGGGCCACUCCUACGGUGAUGGACCGCCUGCUCAACCUGACAGUGUACACCAGCAGCCUCUUGUUCAAUUCGGUCACUAAAAAUAGAUUCACUGCAGGUAAGUGGGUGGGGAAAGUUGUGAGUGACAUGAAGACCAGAGUAGAGGACCCUGACAGUGCCAUGAGGCUCUAUCUCUAUUCUGCUCGACCUUCAUCAUUGAACUCUACUCUCAAAACAGCAGUGGCGAAACGUGGGUAA